UUGGUCUAGACAGGGAGGCUUAGUGUGUGUCCACAACAAACAAAGCUGCCUUUUAUUUGCCUUUCCUUCUCUUGCGUCAUCUGACUUUAAUCUGCUUUCUUUAGGUAAAAAAAAAAAAAGAACACAUUUCAGAAUCCAAGGUCUCACCGGGCUUUCCAUUAACUACAAUGUAACCUAUUGUUUUUCUAAGUAUUAUUAGGGAACGCAGAAACAACCUUCCUCGGGAGCUUGACCCAUUCAAAACAAGCGACUGAGAGAGGUCUGACCACACAGGCACACACACAGGCAGUGAAGUAUGUUGUUUUUGGACAUCUUCUGCUGCGGAUCAUUGAUGCUCUGCUGCACCAGGAUCUGUGUGGCCCUGCAGGACUCACAGCUGAUCCCGGCCCACGACCCCUCAGUGACAGAGCACACCUUCCCAUCAACAGAGACCUCAUCAGCCUCCACAGUCUCUCGUCACGGCCCUCAACAUGCUCCGUGCUUUGUGGAUGACAUAUUCGCAGCAUUGCGUGAAGCUGUUGGGAGCGACGGCGAGCUCACAAACCGCAGUUUGACUCAGUUUGGAAUCUGCACCGUGUCUGGCAGCUCAUCAGCCUCAGUCUUAUCACAGCUCGCUAAGGAAACAAGCAGAAACCAGAGGAGUGGACUGGAGGUUCUGCAUCCAACUGGAGUGCUCUUGACAGAGGAAGAUGAUGGAGGAACACCUAUGUUGACCUUUGCACUCCCACAGUCGCCUUUGCUCAAGCUGAAGCCUGUGCUGCUCUUGGCAUUUGAAAGCCCCCUCAGGGCAGGAAACAUAGACGUCAUUUUCACUAGUCAGUCGCUGCAUCCUAACACACAGACUGUGUGCAUCUCAGGAGAAACGCACUACAUAAUGCUGACAGGAAAAGCAUCAGAGGGCGACGUUCACUGGAAAUGGAGGAUUUCUGUUGAGACCAAAACCCCUGAUAUGAACCAAAACCUAAAAGAUAUCCUUGUUGGCGGAAAAACAGGAAGUAACAUCAGCAUGAUUCCACUUCUGCUUUUCUCUGGAGGAACAGGAACUGAUAUAAGACAUACACACACUUCAGGUCCAUCCCCUGCCUCUACACAGAGCUCCUUCCUCUGUGAGCUGAAGCGGUUCCUGGGUGAUGUCCUGCCUCAGGACCGCCCCGAGUCCCCUCGACUCCAGCUGGACUCCUCACCGUCCCUUCCUCCCCUCACACUAGGCUUAUCCUCCAGCGACACCCUGCUGGCAGGACUCAUCAACUCCUCUUCCCCCACCAUCUUCUCCUUCCCUAGCCAGUUCUCCAUGUUUCAGGUGCAUCGUGGAGAACUGGCAUUGUCUCCUACACUGCUGGAGGAGCUCAAGCAGAGGAUGGAGCAGACUGGGAUGCAUAUAAUGGAGGUAAUACGGGAGGAGGAGGUGGGUCACAGAGCCACGGAGAGGCUGGGAAGGCUCAAAGAACUCUGCGUUUCCGAAGACGGGACCGGCAGCAGAACAGGAGAGAGCCAGUACCGUGCGUUUCUUCUGCUGAAGGCCCUGCAGACGGUGGCCCGCGUGUACGAGGUGCAGAGAGGACUGCGGGCCACCAGAUCUGGCCCCAUCACCUCACUAAGGGGCAACAUAUGUGGGCUGAAGAGCCUCACCGUGUCCCUAGAAAAACGCCUCGGGCUCCCAAACACUGUCAACAUCAACAACUGCCACGGCUCUUGUGCUUUCCCAAUGACUAACGCCAACAUCCACACCGUCCUGCUCAACUCCCACAUUGAGAGCGAGAGCGUGGACGAGCGGGCGCCAUGUUGCGUGCCUGUGGCCUACGAAGCCCUGGAGGUGGUGGACUUGAACGAACACGGGACUUACCUCUCCAUUAAACCAAACGUGGUGGCGAGGCAGUGCGGAUGCCGCUAAAGCUGUUUUCUUCCUAGCGUGUAGUUGUGACACAAAAGACGUUUUUACAUAUUUAACUGACCAUAGCGUAUUUGACACUUUUAAGUGUCAAACACGUUAGGUGUUAAAAACGUAUUCCAAAAUAAGUGUUACAAAUUCCAGUUAUCAUUGAAAUAUUGUUCUAAAAUUGUUAAUAACUUGAUGACUGAUUAUAAGAUUGUGUUACAAUGUGGUGGUUAAUGACAUUUCUAAAUUAGUGAUACUAAAAGGUCCUGUUCUCUACAAUAUAACGACAAAAAUGGAUUAAUAAAUGUAACAUUAUUUUAUUAAAUGCAAAGUA